AACACUUCGAAAGGCUUAUAUAGGACGCGUGGACGAAUUCCAUACCAGUUACAUUCUAGAAGUAAACAAACAACGAACUCCGAAAAAGGGCAUCUUCUUCGCUCGGCUUCCAGCCAAACAAUGGAUAUGUUAAAUAUAAAACCGUUAAGUGAGGACAUAGAGUGGUCUCCGGAGGCGCCCGUGGGCGUGGGGGCCACUGGGGCAGGAGUAUGUGGCCCGGAGCCCACCGCGCCCACGGUGUCCACGUCCGGCGAGGCCCGCGCCAUCCGCCGCAUCGUCGGCCGCUGGGGCGCCGAAUGGUUGAGCUGACUCGGCUCCAGGCACCAGGAUAAUGCCGGUAGCUGGCCGGCCGACCACCCCCUGCCGCCGCCGCGCUGGGGGGCACCCCGUCCGGCUUUGCACCUCACUCUCCGUCAAUACGAGGAGUUGGUAGCCAAAGCCGAGGUACUGUUGAGUCGUCUCGUUGUUUCCGAAAACUAUGAUUCUAUUAGCAACUUCCUGACGCACUACGACACUUACAUGGCUUCCCCUAUCGACACCCUGAAAGAAUUCUACCAGAAAUAUAACCCGCCGAUCCGCGCCCACAAACACACCUGCGUGGGUCUAGGCAUGGAAGUCAUCAAACGCUUGAAACUCUUAGAGAAAGAUUUCCCCGGGAUCACUAAGGCGAUGAUGCUGGUAUCCUGUGACGAGAACAUAGAAGAUCUUGACGAUUACACCACGUCGUUCCCUGGACCUCAAGGGUUCCUGAUCGAGACGGAGAAGGACCACGUGCUAGUGGCGAUCCACGUUAAGGUCGACGGCAGACCCGGCGUGUUCCUGUCGGAUCUUGGAUAUCACAUCUCUCGCGCCGUCACCGUCAUGGCGGAUCGUUGUUACCCGCACACCGGUUGGUUCACGCAGUCGGACGAGCCGCACUGCCGCAAGGAGUACAAGUACCAGUUCAACGCGGACAACGCGAGCUACGUGGAGUGGCACGAGCGGGAGACCAGGGCCGCCGGGGUCAAGGAGCGCCUGUCCCUCGUGUACGUCGCGAGGGCCUACCUCUCGGCCGUCGAGGUCACCGAGAAGAGGAACCUGGUGUGGGACUUGAGGAGUCUUCUCGCAAGGGACCCUAAGGGCCGUCUCGCAGCCGGCGUGUACUUUCCGUUAAAACUAAAAGACCAGGAGUUCACCAUGUUCUACGACAGCACCAGCGGGAAACAGAGAAAGAAGUUCAAGUUCAGCGUGUUUUUGGAGCUGCAGAAGAUCCCAGACGAGGUAGUCGAAGAAGUCGAGCAAUGCAAUGAACAACUUCGUCUUCGGGACGGGGAGUUGCUCUCCAUCCUUAACCGUUUGGCGAACGUCAUGGCGGACGCGGAAUUCAUGGCGGAAGUGCUUGCCGUCAACGAAAAAAUCGUAGAGCUCUCCGCGGCUCACUAAAGCAAUAAUAAUGUUUAUCUUUCACUGUCGAAGGCGUUUGCACGGUGUUGCUAGCUGCGUCAAUCAUAUAUUUUUAUAUUAGCUAUAUAUAACCUUUAGCUAUACCUACCUAAAGUUGACCCAACAAAAAAAAAUCAUAAAUGCAAUAUUAAUAAACAACAUCUCUGUGUGUCACAUCUGUGUGUUCAGAUCAAAUUAAGUGAAAAUAGUUAAAAAAACAAUCACUCAAGAGAAAUUACUACUUAGUGGAUAAUACCAUCACAAAUUUUUUGACAGAUGUCUCGCUUACUCUGUGACAUCGAUACUGUCAUCACGGUAAUAGAUAUAAACUAAUAUUUAAUGAAUCAAAUUUCUUAUAGACUUAAAAUUAUUGUGAAUUCAUUUAAAAACUCAUUUAAAUAAAUCUAACUGGGUCAACGUAAAGUUUUUUUGAUAUUAAGUUUUCUUGAUAAUGCACUGAUACUCGUAGUUGCCGAUAGAUGGCAUCACUUGUCUUGUCUAGAUAUCAGCACUUUUGCAUGUAUUUAUUCUAUUUUCAUUUAUUUUACUGUAGUGUAGUAGUCGUAGAUGAUUUCUGAAAGUUUUGACGAGAACGACUCAAUGUGGGAAAUAAAAAUUGAAAA